AUGGUGAGAAGGUUGAUGCACAAGAAGGAUAUUGCAUCUUCAAAGAAUGCGCCAAGGAAAGCGGCCGUCGCCGCAUCCAGUCCACACGCUCACCAUGCCGCCGGAUCUCGUGGACCGCGCGAUCACCAUGCAGCUCCACAAGGCCGGACUUCUGGUCCUGGUGCUGCGCGGUCCGCGAGACUCCGCUACGCACAAUCGCACGGUGCCUGCACAGCACACGUCCCCGUCUAUAAUCUGGAACCCUACGCGGUGCGGAGCUCUGGAACAGGCCCCUGUAGGCCCACCUGUCGUGCGUCCCGUCGACAUCCCCUUGCGCAUCUACGCUAUUGCGAUGGGCUGGGAUACAAUUUACCACCACGGGAAAACCUUCGCGGACCUCGAGGCCGUGGGCCUCCGCACGGGCAGGCUGCUAUCCACCGUGACCGUUGCGGAGCCAGACCAGCUGCGAUCCAACAAGCGGGGGAUUUGGCGGCUGGCUGGUCGCGAGGUUCCCGUGGGCCUUAG